AUGAUUUCAACAAUCGGCACAACAACAAUACAAGCCGCGAACGGCGGGACUCUGUCCACAACAACAGCACCAAACUCGUUAGUCAUGAAUCCUACGUCAAUGUUAGUAGAGAUGAAAAACUUCAUUCCUUCUUCAUAUACUUUCGAAACAAAAAUCCAGAAGAUAAAGCAAGAACUUUUAACAAGUAAUUUAGACUGUAGUGCGAAAGAUGAAGAAAAUGAAGAAUAUCUUUAUGAAAUGCAGGACAUUAUUGACCAUUUACCCAAAUUGCCUGAAAUCCAACAACAAAAACUCACUAUUCCUGAAUUCGACGAAAUUGAAGUGAAACCAACUGACUCAGUAGAAAUAAAGAAGUUCAUACGUAAAGUAAAUUAUGAAUUCCUUGGUUUUCAUUGCAACCAUAAGGUUAUGGACAAAGAUUGCGACAUGGUAUAUAAAAACAUUUCUGACAUAUAUAAAUCUGAGGAGUUUAAGACUUACGAUAACUUUGUUUCAUUAGUUGCAAAAUGUGUUUGGGAAAUAAGAGAUAAAGAUAGAAGAGGCAAAGUAUGGAACGAACAAAUAAGACCCGCUAU